UUGUACAAGUCAGUGGUGGUCAAGCCAAACAGCAGCCACAGCGGCAGCGGCAACAGCAGCAGCAGCAGCUCUGAUGUAACUGUAGCAGAAAAUCCACCCCAAAGGUUGGGUAUGUGUGCCAAAGAGAUGGUAAUCUUUUUCGGACACCCCAGAGAUCCUUUUCUCUGCUAUGACCCUUAUUCAGGAGAUAUUUACACAAUGCCAUCUCCUUUGACCAGCUUGGCACACACUAAGACCAUUACCUCCUCAGCUGUCUGUGUCUCUCCAGAACACGACAUCUAUCUCGCUGCCCAGCCCAGGAAAGACCUAUGGGUGUAUAAACCAGCCCAAAACAGUUGGCAUCAACUGGCAGAUCGCUUGCUGUGUCGGGAGGGCAUGGAUGUGGCAUAUCUGAACGGGUACAUUUACAUUCUGGGUGGGCGAGACCCCAUUACUGGAGUUAAAUUGAAGGAAGUGGAAUGCUACAGUGUUCAGAGGAACCAGUGGGCACUGGUGGCUCCUGUACCCCAUUCCUUUUAUUCCUUUGAACUGAUAGUCGUUCAGAACUAUCUUUACGCUGUCAACAGCAAGCGCAUGCUCUGCUAUGAUCCUAGCCAUAAUAUGUGGCUGAAUUGUGCAUCUCUUAAACGAAGUGACUUCCAAGAAGCCUGUGUCUUCAAAGACGAAAUCUAUUGUAUUUGUGAUAUCCCAGUCAUGAAGGUCUAUAAUCCAGCCAGAGGAGAGUGGAGGCGGAUUAGUAAUAUUCCACUGGACUCAGAAACCCACAACUACCAGAUCGUCAAUCAUGACCAAAAGUUGCUGCUCAUCACUUCUACCACCCCACAAUGGAAGAAGAACCGUGUGACAGUAUAUGAAUAUGAUACUAGGGAAGACCAAUGGAUUAAUAUAGGUACCAUGUUGGGCCUUUUGCAGUUUGACUCUGGCUUUAUUUGCUUGUGUGCUCGAGUUUAUCCUUCCUGUCUUGAACCUGGUCAGAGUUUCAUCACCGAGGAAGAUGAUGCAAGGAGUGAGUCUAGCACUGAGUGGGACUUAGAUGGAUUCAGUGAACUGGACUCUGAGUCAGGAAGUUCAAGUUCCUUUUCUGACGAUGAAGUCUGGGUUCAGGUUGCACCUCAGCGAAAUGCACCAGAUCAGCAGGGUUCUUUGUAAAUAUUUUGAGACAGUAAGAUGUUUCUGCUGUAUGGAAUGGAUCUUAAAAUGAUACCCCUUUUCCUGAAAAAAAAAAAAAAAAAACAAAGUUGAUUAGGACUGGAGAUUUGGUUUAGAAAGGGUAGCAAUUUGAAAUAUUAAUAUUUCAGUAUACAAAAUUUAUAAUUUUGACCUCAAAUCAACUCAUUUCAAUAAUUUACUGUGCUAAAAGUCCAUGAUUAAAAUAUGCAUAGUGAACCAUUUAGUGGAUUUUGUUGUUGCUGUUAAUUAGUAUGUUUAUAUUUUGAUUUUGCUAAUUUAGUUAAAUUUUGCCUAGUGCCACAAGAUCUUAACUUUGUAAUUUGUUACUACCAAAACUGGACUGAGAAUUGUUGGAUUUUGAAGGUGUUAACAUUUUCCUUCAGAAUAAUGAAAGGUUAUUUUUAAGUAAAUUUUUAGUAUCCUCAGUUAUAGUUUGUUAAAAUUUAGUGUGCUUUCCUUUUUUGCAAAGAAGGAAAUGUUAUUAAGAUUACUAAAUAGUGAUUUCAUGUUGAUAAUGUGUUCAGUGGGCUUACACAGUCACAGAAAAUUUUAAAAAUCAGGAUUCCACUGUUUUCACAGAAUUUCAGUUUUUACUUUAAAAUUUAAGAAUAUGUAUGUGCUAAAUAUGACCUGUUUCUUACCUUGAAAAUGAAAAAAUCAAAACAUUCUAGUGUCACUAAUUUAAGCACCCUUCUAAACCAAAAAAUGAAAAAACUGGUAACUUGCUUUAUAAAGUCAUAGUUUUGAUCUGUACAUGUUAAAUGCUUUGUUGACUCUGGAGGAACAACCCUUUUCUUCACUGGACAUGAUUAAAUAAUGUAAAUUUUUCUUCACUAGUCAUGCACUGUCUUAAAAAGUUUGUUUGCUUCCCUAAAAUAUUUUGGCUAUAUAGUUUUAGUAUUCAUCUUAGAGGUUUAUCAGCAGAAAGUGAUUUAUUCUUUAAUGUUUGUGAAGUAAUAUUGGUUUUGAAAAUAUGUAUAAGCUAAAGGCAGUAUUUUAUUGAGACCAGUAGUUAGACCAGUAGUGUUUGUCAACUCAAGUUAAGUGCCAGCAAACAACUUUAAAACUUCAAGCUGUGUAUAGAACUGUUUUGUGUAGUAUUGAAAUAUUGUCCAUUUUCCAAGUUACUGUAAAUGUUCUUGAUUUUCAGCUUGAAGAUAUUUUUGUAUUAAAAAGUGGAGAGUUAAGGAACUUAAGUGGAUGGUGGGUGGCAUUUGGGGCCAUUAGUUAAAGUGUGUUUCUUCAAUUUUCCCCUAAACAAUGGUGUACAUAGCCAUUUUACUAUGGUGUCUGUAUCUAGUUUGUAUUUCUCUGUGAAUUAUACUCUUUCUGUUUCAGUUACCAUAUGUAAGGGAAAGUCCAGAAAUAGUAAACCACAUAAAACUGGCAUUUUGUUACGUUAUAGGUGCUUACCUUUUGAAGGUUUAUUAAUACAUAUGGUUGUCAUAAUACAUAUACAUGACAAAUGGUGUACAUAUACAAAUGUUUUAUGCUAUAUAAAGUUUUCUAUACUCUUAGAAUUAAUCUUCCUCAAUCUUUAUUCAAUAACAUUCAUAUUCCUCUCUAUUCUCUAGUGAUGAAAUGCUAAUGUUUUUUUACACUCUGGUAGAGUACAGAGGAAUCUGGUCCAGGACGGGAAAGUGAUUUUUUGAAUGAGAAACAAUAAAAAAUAAAAUGAGAAAAGCAAAACAAUGCCACAGAUAAUGUAUUCAUCAUUUUGAUUGGCUGUGUGAAGAAACUGUUAAACACUCAGCUCAGCAGUAUUUCUGUUGAAGUGAGUUUGCUGACUUUAGUAGUCAGUCAGGUCUAAGUUUCUUCUGUAACAUGAAUGUUAUAAGAACUGCUCUUAGAAAGCUAUUUUUCCCAGUGUGGGGCCAACUUUUUGUUCCCCAGUAACUUCUGUUGCUAGCUCUGUUUGUAAAGUGGAAACGUGGUCAUGCUUAUCUCAACCAGAUCAUUCAUCUGCACAGUUAAGAUCUGCAAUUGAAGUAUAAAAGGCAGAUUCUCUAAUUCGUCAUUCUCAUCUCUUGAGUUAAAGCUUCGGCUAAAUAUUAGUAAUGUCUUGGCUUACAGUCACAUUUUCUUGGGAAGGAUUUUGAUUUUGUGAAACAUUUGUGAAUUAGGGAAUAGAUGCUAUCAUUUUAUAGAUACAUGAUUUGUAUGUUGUUAGUUACAAAUAAAGCUGGUUUUAAACCACA